UCCCUCUAAAGUGCACUAACAUGGCGGCCGGAAUCCGACAGCAACAUGUAAUACCGAGUUUUGCUACGAAAGCGUGAAUUCAUCCCUCAAGGAACUCACAAACAUUAAUAAGUAGUAUUCUUUUUAAUACCAGGACUGUUCAGACAGCAAAAUUCCCCAAAAGUGACUUUUUAACUUACAUAAAAUCUCUCUCGGCGGCCACGCAAAUGCCGUGUCACCCAAAAGGUUAGAUAUUCACCCUUCUUCGGAGAGAAAAUUGGUGAAAAUAUAAAUUUUUGACUGCUCUAGUACUUCAUAGAAGUAAAAAUUCUGGAGGAUCGAUAAUUCUCGCCAAAACAAAAUAAAGCAAAAUCAAGUUUUACUUUUAAUCAACUGACAGAUUGAUUCAUAACCAUUUUAGAAAUGAAUUCGGGUUUUGGUAAAAGUUUUAGUUUUAUUAAUUAGAACCUUUGCUAAAGUUUACAAAUCUAACAGAUAUGUAGUAAGAUUUUGUCGAAGAGUUGUCAGGGCCCGCGGAGCAGUUUUUAGAGUGCGGGGGGCCGGUGACCACCUCUUUUGAAGUCGGGGGUGGGGUGCAAAUUUGGCUGUUCUCUCUUUGUGGCUGUUUAGAACUGUCAGAUUACUGAACCUUUCUUGGCUCAUUGUUGAGCGGAGUUGUAGAAGGCCUAAAUGUAAUAAACGACCCUAAAUGUAAUAAAGUUCUAAAUGUAAUAACAUUUUGUCCUAAAUGUAAUAAACUCUUAAGUUGCCAAUUACAGUAAUUACUUGAAUAAGCGCCGCAUUGGGGUGGGGAGUUAAUUAACGCCGCGGCGCUUAUUCGUGUAAAUACGGUACUAAGCGGUAUUACUAUGGUAUUAAGCUCCGCUCUCAAAUAAGGGCCGCAUUUUUAGAGACAAAGUUAAUAAGCGCCGCGGCGCUAAUUCGCAUAAAUUCGGUACAUUUCCUUAUGCACUGUGAAACUUAACGUUUACAAAUAAAUUGCUUGUAAACGGCAAAGUAACAGUAUUUUUUGAAAAAAGCAAUAUGUAAGCAAUAGAAAACUUUUUUCCUUGUUUGCAUAGCCUGAUAGAAACACUAGAGGGAUUGGGAGAAUUGGAAACUCAAAAACGUUUUAAAAUUCGUGCUUGUAUGAUGAGCGCGCAAAGAGCAAAACAUCUUGACUCCACACAUGUUUACAUACUCUCAUGCAAACACAUCUCUCGGCUAAUCAGAGCGCGCGCGUAUUAUCUUUAGUUAUUUAUAAACGUUGUUAUCAGCUGUGCAGUAGUCUUUAGGGCCUGUUUACAUGGAGGUGGGGGACCCCAGAUAGGUGAGGUAACAUGCGGCGGGUCACCCCACCUAUCAUGUAAACGUGAUCAAAUUAAAAUGAGAGAUUAUGUGGACAGGCGGGUUACCCACCAAAGCGGGUUGCCUCACCUACCUGGGGUCCCCCACCUCCAUGUAAACAGGCCCUUAGGGUUCUCGUUUUUUGUUCUUAAUAUUUUAGCUGAUUAGAUCUCUUUUCUAGAGAUCCAACGUUGACAAGCAACAAGAUUUUGUAAACGUCAAGUUACACAUUGCAUAAGGAAAUGUACCGAAGCUUAUUAAAUUUUUUAUCCAAAAAUGCGGCGCUUAAAACCAUAGUAAUACCUCUUAGUACCGUAUUUACGCGAAAAAGCGCCGCGGCGCUUGUUAAAUCCCCCCCAAAUGCGGCGCUUAUUUGAGUAAUUACGGUAAUUUGCAACUUAAGAGUUAAUUACAUUUAGGACAAAAUGUUAUUACAUUUAGUACUUUAUAACAUUAGGGUUGUUUAUUACAUUUCGGCCUUCUACAGGAGUCAUGUUUAUAAAUUUCAAGCCGCUGAAAAGUACAUUUCUUCUGCUGAGCCUGAUUGCCUAUGCAGAAUCCACCAGUAGAAGUUUGCAGAUCAUGAUAUUACACUGUAGGUUCCUGUAACCCCUAGCUUUGUCUACUAUGUUAUCCAGUUGCGUCAGAGACCACAUCAUCAGCCGAUAUAAUUCGUUUUAAGAAACCGUGUUCGUAGAGUAGUCCUCAGAUUUAAUCGAGAACCUUCAUUAAUUAAAAAGACUCUAUUCCGCCUCGUUACAAAUGCUACAUAGCCAUGCCGUUUGAAAAAACAGAAGUCAAGGGCUAUGUGCAGUUUUGUAAAGAUAGGCGUUUUGAGGCUUAUUACGCAUCAGUCGACUGAUGGGAUCGAAACGGACCAAUAAAGAAUUUAUAUGCUGGACGAUUCUUAUUCCAACAAAUUAAAGAUACAAUUUAUAUAAAAAUGUAAAUUACAGUGGAACCUCGGUCUAACGACUCCAGCAAUAGUAAAAUAUAAGGCAAUAUGAAAAAGAACCUCGUUAUAACGAACAUAUUUUGCCAGUCACUUGGCCCUUCGUUAUAUCGAGGUUCCACUGUACUUAAUUUUAUUUAUUAUUCAUUCAAAAUAUUUCCCCGAUUCUGACUGGCUAAAAGCACACAUUUAAUUCACCAUAACCAGUUGCUGAUGACCAAAUUUGGAAGAAUUUUGACUUUAACGAGGAAAUGACGUCAAAAAUGCAGCGUUUUCGCGGGUCAAGGCUCCGUUAACCGAGAAGACCUGGCGACGAGGUUGAAACAGUUUUGGUUGUGAACUUGAAAAAAUGGCGGACAUUUCACUCGUUUCAAGAGUAAGAACUAGGCGAAAAAAAAGCUAAAAACAUGGCAAGAACAGCAAGAAGACAACUCGAAGGGCGACAUCUGCUAUUUGGAGAAUAUUUGCGGAGCUGGACAAACCUAAACGUACACUAUCGAAGAUCAACUGAACAUCGAUGGAUCGAUGGAGGUAAGCAUGUUUUAGCUAUGUUUUUAAACUAGGAAUUUUUUUUGAAUGAAUAAUAAAACAGUUAUUGAAUUCGGCUUUCGUAUCAUAUGAAGAAUUAUGGAGAUCUCGGAGGGUGUUAUCCGCCUCGGCCUACGGCCUCGACGGAUAACACCCUCCUCGAUCUCCAUAAUUCUUCAUAAGAUACUCAGCCUCAUUCAUUAACUGUUAAUGAGUUUAUUAACGUAAGCUUCGCUUGUAGGCUUACUAAAUCCGUCAUUUAGCUAAUUACAUGAAAUUUUGACUAGUUAGCGAAUUUAGCGAUUUUUGUAAAAAUCGCCAAAUUAAAAUGCGCCAAAACUAUGUGUUGCUAAUUUUCAAAAUGAGACCAAGUGCACAAGUGUUCUUGUCAAAAUGAGAAAUGAGUUUUAUUUGUAUGAGAAUGAAAACUCAUUUCCAUAAGAAAAGUAGUAAGGGCACUUAACCUCGUUUUGAUACAGGGGCUCGGGGGAACUUCUAGUCGGAAAUGGCCUAUUUAAAUCGUCUCUAAAUUAUAUUAAAGUGAAUAAAAUAUGAAAUUCCGCUAUUUGGUCAGUUUCAAACACAUAUGCAGUUUGAUGGUCGAUUUUGACGUGUAUCACUGACUUUGUGUGACAACGUAUCUUAAAUAUAAGUGAGGACAGUAUUAAGAUUUGACAUUACAGCUAGUUGCAGUUUCGUUUGUUUCGUUCAAAUUAAAGUAACAAAACGUUGUAUGAUUUUGAUUCAAAAUGAAGCCAUUGACGUUUUAUUAUUUUGUCACAUAAAUGUUCUAUUGUCGUCGUUAAGGUUUUGAAUAAGUCAAUUCGCCAAAGUUUCAGUUCGUGAAAUCGCGAAAAUAAAGUGACUUAUGUUCCAAAAUUUACAACAAAUCGCUAAAUUAACGUGCUGCUAAAUAAGGGUUUUCCAAAAUUGCUAAAUAAACAUGUCGCCACAAUUUCAUGUAAGGUAAAAUAAAAUUGAAAAAGGUGAUAUAUUAACCUAUCAUUGUUCAUAGCUAAUCCUGGUUACCCUGUUGUCCGAGUCGACGGCGCUUACACUGAAGCAAUCACAACUGACGGGGAACCACUAAGCAGAGGUCAUAUGAAUCCCGCGGGAAUAAACUCGUUUGAUCUCAAAUUCAUGAAAGCAACAUUCACCCUUACCAAUGCAGUACCUCAGUUUGAAACAUCAAACAGUGGCCCCUGGCAGGAUUUUGAGACAAAAAUACGAGAUUAUGCGAACUACACUUGUGGUCCGAAAGGAGGAACCUUUUAUCUCCUGACAGGAAGAUCUGAGAACGGCAUUAUACCCGAUCCUCAAAACCGUUACAAAGUUGUUCACGAUACUUCAUGCACCGUACCAAAGCCCUAUGUCAAGGAUAAAUUUCUCGGAGGUACAGUGAGACUUGAAACCCCUCGUUCUGUUUGGACAGCGGGCUGCUGUGUGUGGACGGAGCCUGGGAGGGUAUUUGGAAGGAUUUGGCCGGCGAAAAACGCCCAGUCCUUCGCGGUCAUGAGCAACAACCAGAAGGAUAGAAACAAGCUGUACCAGACACAAAUGAGUGUGCGCGAACUUGAAGAACUCCUAAGGGCACCUUUUUUGUCGGAAACGGUAAAUUUGUUCCCAGGAGAUGAAAACUGCAGACGUCCUGCGAACCAUAAAAAGCUUAAGUAA